UCCAUUUGUUUUAUCACCGCUGUCCACCAGAUGGCGUGCUUCAUCACAAUCUUCUUCCUGUGCACUUGCGUCUACUCCACCGUUUUCCGCAUUCGGGUUUUCAACUACUACUACCUGGCGUCCCACCACCAGACCGAUGCGUACAGCCUCCAGUUUAGCGGCAUGUUGUUCUGUCGUCUGACUCCGCCCCUCUGCCUGAACUUUCUGGGUUUGAUCCACAUGGACUCUGCCAUCUCCCACCAGGACAAGGAGCAGACCGCCUACACCUCG